GAAAACCACCCCCCUCACCAACUGUCUCCAGUUUUUACGCGGAAACGUUUUGCCGAAAGGAAACCACAAUUCCCACAAUUCAGCGCGCGGCUGGCACUUCCGGGUUGGUGACCAGCAGGCGCCUGACAGCGGGACAAAGGUUUACUCGUGUGUGUGGAUGUAGUGUUCGUGGAGCGCUGUGAUGCCCCUGGAGGUCAAAUGGCCGUUCCCACAUUGCCCUGCUUUGGCGUGGAGGAUCUCCAGCUCACUGAUCAUGGGGAUGGUGGGCUCCUAUUCCUACUUCUGGACCAAGUACAUGAACUACUUGACGGUCCACAACCACGAGGUUCUGUUGGACCUGGUUGACCGGCGGCCCUCGGACACGCCCCUUAUCACUCUGUCCAAUCACCAGUCCUGCAUGGACGACCCGCACAUCUGGGGUGUGCUGAAGUUCAGGCAGCUGUGGACCUUCAACAAGAUGCGCUGGACCCCGGCAGCGUCUGACAUCUGCUUCACCAAAGAGCUGCACUCCAGGUUCUUCAGCCGGGGGAAGUGUGUCCCGGUCUGCAGAGGCGACGGCGUCUACCAGAAAGGGAUGGACUUCAUUGUGGACAAGCUGAACAGAGGAGAAUGGGUGCACAUUUUUCCUGAAGGCAAAGUGAACAUGACUGAGGAUCCCCUGCGGCUGAAGUGGGGCGUGGGCCGGCUGAUAGCAGAGUGCUCCCUGAAUCCCGUCAUCCUGCCCCUGUGGCAUGUGGGUCUGAACGACGUCCUGCCCAACGUGACGCCCUACAUUCCUCGGACCGGCAAGAGGAUCACGGUCCUGGUGGGGAAACCGUUCAACCUGAAAGAGCUCGUGGAAUCCCUCCGAGCGGAGAACAAGAGCCAGUUCCAGAUCUUUAAAGUAGCGUCUCCAAACCUUUCCUUCCAGCUGGAGAUGAGGAAGACCUUGACUGACUUCAUCCAGGAGGAGUUCCGGAGCCUGAAGGCUCAGGCCGAGGCCCUCCACGGUCAGAUCCAGACCACGUCCUGAGUCCAGGCGGCGCCCCUGGUGGCAAAGCUCCAAGCUGAUGAUGAUUUAGUUUCCCUUCCUUUUACCCACCGCGUUCUCUCCCUCACAGCGAGGUUAAACCCGCAUGAUCGCUGCUCUGUGGCGCCGCCCGUGGCCACUAGCGGUAACUGCACCGGUGUUUUUGGAUCUCACCUCUCAGAGAAUAAAAACCGUUGGUUAAAAAAUGCAAAUGAUACCUCAUCAGGCGAUUAGAUCCAGACUUACAGGUUGCUUUCUUAAAGUUGUGAUCCCUUUUAGAGCUGGAUCGGUUUAACGCUCGUUGAGCAGCUAUUUUUUAUCAGAAAUACAGCAAAGGAGAAACAUCUGUUUACACUGCAACCUGAUAAACUCAGGUGGUUUUUAACAAAGAAAUCAGUUGAUAAUCAGCCUUUUUUUUUACCACUGUGCCAUAAACAGGUCUGACUGCACGCGGUGAUAUUUAAAAAAAAUCAGUUUAUAACAUGUUUGACAAUAAACGUGUCGCCACAUGAACGCUUUAGAAUGAGCAGAGAGAUACAAAGAAGUACAAACGCUAACGCUGGUGCGGCAUUGCUUCCUGUCAGGAAGUCAAUUUAAAAUGAAGCGCCAGUGGGACUGAAGCGUUUCUUCUUUCACCCCUUUGCCAGUGCGAUUCCUCAGGUGACGCAGCCUUAACCUAACGAACAGGACGCGGGGGCGGGGCUUUGUGUGAGGUCAUCUGCUCAUUAAUCAGGCUAAUUACAAUCGUCAUUAGUUGAGGAUUAACAAAGCACACAUGGAGGGAUUUUAGAUGUAUGACGUGUAACCUAAAGAAGGGAACCUACUGGUCACCAUUUAAAGCAUUAGAUUGAGACGUAAACAUGCAGAAUAAAUCCUACAUCCCUUCCUCCGGAUUGUGCGCCGCAUGGAGUUUGCAAUCUUUAUUUUCUCAAAUGAAGUAUUAAACCGUUAAGUUUCCUUUGGAGCUGGGAAUGCCACAACUUUACAGAGAUCACAGGCUUUCACAGCGGAGGAACGUGGCUGUUUUACAAAUACUGUGAUUGACACACUUUCCUACUUCAUGUCAACGCCAAUAAAUAUUAUUUUCUAAAUUUUAA